GAGAAAGCUGGUGGCUGGAGGGUCUAUUUUAGGGCCAGCUCCUCCAGUCUGCCCUCCCCUGCAACCCUUCCACUGGCCACCUGCCGCCGCCUGUCCUGGGCCUGGAAUGCUGACUGGCAGUUGGUGGGGGUGGGGGUGGGGACAGACUGUUAUAAAGCUGGGAGUGCUGGGGUGGCAGCUGUCCUCCUCUGGAGCCCAGAGCCACAGCCCACCCCGGGCCUGCCCUCCCAUCUGGGGUCCCAAACACACUGCCACCAUGUCCACCCACCGCCUGGUGAUCGUUCGUCAUGGCGAGAGCACAUGGAACCAGGAGAACCGCUUCUGUGGCUGGUUUGAUGCAGAGCUGAGUGAUAAAGGGGUUGAGGAGGCCAAGAGGGGGGCCCAGGCCAUCAAGGAUGCCAAGAUGGAGUUCGACAUAUGCUACACAUCAGUGCUCAAGCGGGCCAUCCGUACACUCUGGACCAUCCUGGACGACACCGACCAGAUGUGGCUGCCGGUGGUCCGCACCUGGCGCCUGAACGAGCGGCACUACGGGGGCCUCACGGGCCUCAACAAGGCAGAGACUGCUGCCAAGCACGGGGAGGAGCAGGUGAAGAUCUGGAGGCGCUCCUUUGACAUCCCUCCGCCCCCCAUGGACGAGAAGCACCCCUACUACACCACCAUCAGCAAGGAACGUCGGUACGCAGGCCUGAAACCUGGAGAGCUGCCCACCUGUGAGAGCCUUAAGGACACCAUUGCCCGGGCCCUUCCCUUCUGGAACGAGGAGAUCGUCCCCCAGGUCAAGGCUGGCAAGAGAGUGCUCAUCGCUGCCCAUGGCAACAGCCUGCGGGGCAUCGUCAAGCACCUGGAAGGAAUGUCUGACCAGGCCAUCAUGGAGCUGAACCUGCCCACGGGGAUCCCCAUCGUGUAUGAGCUGGACGGGGCGCUGAAGCCCACCAAGCCCAUGCGGUUCCUGGGCGAUGAGGAGACUGUCCGGAAGGCCAUGGAAGCUGUGGCAGCCCAGGGCAAGGCCAAGUGAAGGGUGGGCUCUGGGCAAUAAAAGCGCCUACCCUCACACUCGGCUCUGGAUUCACCCACCAGCUGCUUGCUCUACCGCCCACGUCACAGCCAUGGGGACCCCAUGACCCGGAAAGGCUGUAACCCUCUCAAGC